GCCACAACUCCUCUGGGUUGAGACCGGGAGAGUGACUGCUUGACUGCCUUUCCUAAAACCCUUUCCCCACCUUUCGGACCUUAUCAAAAGGAUAAUGACCACUAGUCUGCUUGCUAGCAUUUACAUCUGAUAGGUUAUUAUUCUUCAAUUUAAGAAGCAAAUAGUGUGGAGCGCCCGCAGCAUCCGUUCAGGAUGACGAGGCAUCGGUUGAUACCGCUAUGCGCCCUCCUGGGGGUCCUGUUCUCAGGAUUUCUCCCGAAACUCGAUGCUCAGGAUGCGCAAGAUUCCGCAGACCUUGUACUCUUAAUUGAUGGAUCGCAGAACGUUGGAGCAGCAAACUUUCCAUACGUGCGUGAUUUGGCGUUGAGAAUCAUUGAGCGCCUCGAUGUGGGCAGAGAGACCGUUCGGGUGGCCUUAGCCCUGUACCACGCCAACCCAGAGAUUAAGUUCUAUCUCAGUAGCUAUGACAGCAAAGCGUCCGUCCUGGAGGCUGUGAAGGAACUUAAAUACUCAGGGACUCCUCAAUCUAACCUGGGCCUGGCCUUGGAGGAAGUAGCCCAGAGCCUUUUGAGCGAAUCAGCAGGGGGCAGGGCAGAGGAGGGCAUACCCCAGAUGGUGGUUGUUAUCAGUGCUGGGCCAUCCACUGAUGAUACCGGUGCUGGUGACCGAGCCCUUAGGAGGGCCGGAGUUAUCACGUUUGGGGUGGUCAUCGGUAACACUGCCACUGGAGAUGUGGAAGCAGUCGCUACCGAUAGGUCGUUUGUCCUGUCGGCCCCUGAUUUCAGAACAGUGGCGAGCGUGGGUGACCAGCUGUCACCGUUGGUUCAGGGUGUGGUCCAGCGCACCAUUAUAGUACAGAAUGAGUUCACAGAAGCCUUGGCCGUUGGAGAAAGAGACAUCAUUUUCCUCCUUGACAGCACAAUGGGUGGCACAGUUAUCAACUCCGUACGUGAAUACAUCCGGAAGUUCAUCGACAUCAUGCCCAUUGGCCCGGACGGUGUGCAAGUGGGUUUGGCCCAGUUCAGCAACGUCCCGCGACUGGAGAUGGACCUCAACUCCUACGGAUCCAAGGAUGAACUAACGAGCGCUUUGGGUCGAAUCAAACCCAGACAGGGCCAGGCGGUCAACAUCGGGGCGGCUUUGGACUUUGUGAGGACUGACAUGCUCCGGCCUGACAAGGGCAGUCGCCUUCAACGAGGCGUCCCGCAGCUUUUGCUCCUGAUGACCACGAAAAGGUCCGCUGAUGAUGUGAGAGGGCCGGCCAGGGCUCUGCUGCAAAUGGGCGUGCUGACCUUGGCCGCCGGUUCGAAGACGGCCGAGGAGCAAGAGCUAAAGGAGAUUGCCUUUGACGAGAGUGUCGUGUUCAUGAUGAAGGACUUCCGUAUGCUACAUCGCAACCCGAAUCCGAUCAUGAACGCACUUUCUACUUUGGCUGGUAUCGUGGUGACUGAAGUGCCCACUGAGCCAGUGGUGGAAAUAACAACGGUGCAGACUCAAAAAGUGGUCAGAGACAUUGUCUUCCUUGUGGAUGGCUCUAACUACAUCGGCAGCAAUAACUUCCCAUACGUGCGGGACUUCAUGAUUAAUGUGGUCAAUCAACUGGAAGUAAACCCUGAGAGGGUCCAAAUUGGCCUCAUGCAAUUUGCCGAGCAGCCCAAAAUUGAGUUUUAUCUCAACACCCCACGUGACAGGCAAGAUGUCGUGGACAGGAUCACGCAACUCAGACUGACCGGAGGCUCUGUUUUAAACACGGGUGCAGCCAUGGAAUACGCUCUUCGCAACAUGUUCAGUACGUCAGCGGGCUCACGCAAGAGACAAGGAGUCCAGCAGGUGCUGGUCCUCAUCACAGGUGGUCCGGCCCAGGAUGAGAUGAAGAGUGUGGCUGACAAGCUGGCUCUUGAAGGCGUUCUGACCUUUGUGGUUAGUUCUGGGCAAGCAGACCAGGCCGUGCUACAAACGGUAGCCUUUGUUCCAGACUUGGCUUAUCAUGAGUCAAGUUUCUCUUAUUUGCCAGCAAUGGCUGAACAAAUCAUGCCAAAGUUAAUAGCGGUCGUCGGUGACACGGACUUGUCAACAGUUACUGAAGAACCCGUGGUUUCCGGAUCUGAAAGGGAUGUUGCCUUCCUUAUUGAUGGCACCGACUUCGUUCGGUCAGACUUUGCUUACGUCCGGGAUUUUAUCCUUAAGGUUAUUGAACCGCUUGACAUCGGAAGUGACAAAGUGCGAGUUGCGGUGGUUCAGCACAGCGAGAGGCCAACUCCUAAUUUCUACCUGAACACUUAUCAGACCAAAGAGGAGGUUGUCAGAGCUGUCAGUCAAAUGGCACUGGCCGGAGGACGCAGUCUCAACACGGGAUCAGCUCUGAAGUUCAUGCGGGACACUAUCUUGUCCGAGAGACACGGCAGCCGCAGAGCGCGGAGUGUUCCGCAGUUUUUGAUUGUUCUGACCGGAAGAAGAUCCAGGGACAACGUGAAGGAGCCUGCCAGUGUACUGAAGACCGAGGGGGUUGUACCAUUUGGCGUCGGUGUCAAAGAUGCAGACCAAAGGCAGAUCGAAGAGAUUUCGCACAACCCUUCAUUUGCCUUCAAAGUGAAGGAAUUCAACGAACUCGGCACUGUCCCUCAACAACUUAAUACCUUUGUGGGCCUUCCAAGAGCUGAACUAGACACCGUCCUGCGAGAAGCUGAGUCACAAGGCCCCCGGAAGGAUGUCAUCUUUGUCGUAGACGGAUCUGACGGCGUUGGACGGGAUUUCCCUAUCAUCCAGGAAUUCAUCCGUAGAGUUGUGGAGAAUCUGAACGUGGGUGAAAAUCAGAUCCGGAUCGGCGUAGUCCAGUUUGGCGAUUAUGCGCAGGCUGACAUGUAUCUCAACACAUAUUCAACCAAAGAAGACGUUUUAAAUUCCGUCAGGGGAUUAAGGCAGCGGGGUGGAAGACAACGUAACUUGGGCCAGGCCUUACAGUUUGUCAGUGAGGAUGUGCUGACAGCUGCACGAGGCAGUAGGAAACAAGAGGGUGUACCUCAGUUUCUGGUUGUCGUCUCCAGUGGGUCUCCAACUGACGAUAUCAAUCGUCCGGCAACCACCCUCAAGCGAUCGAGAGUUAUUCCGUUGAGCAUCGGUACCAGGGAUGUGAACCCUAAGGAUCUGCAAAUUGUGUCCUUCAUACCUAACUUUGCCUACACUGUAGAUGAUGUCCCAAGCUUGGAUACAGUCCAAGAAAACAUAAUCAACACGCUUACGGAAUUAUCCGACGAUGAUAUUGCAAGGAUGAUCCCACAAUUCCCAGUCUUUGAAGAAAUUGUACCAAGCACAGGUGGAGAAAAGAGGGAUGUUGUGUUUCUCAUUGACGGCUCGAGUACAGCACGGAAUGACUUCCCUUCCAUUCGGGAAAUGAUCAAAAGAGUUGUGGAGAAGCUGGAUGUUGGACUGGAUAAGGUCAGAAUAUCAGUUGUACAAUAUAGUGACGACGCCAAGGUAGAAUUUCUCCUCAAUGAAUUUUCCACCAAAAACGAAGUACGCCAGGCUGUAACACAACUUCGAAGCAGAGGAGGAAGUCUUCUGAACACAGGUCGCGCUCUUGAGUGGGUCUCUCGAAACAUCUACCAGAGGUCCGCAGGAAGCCGCAUCGAAGAUGGAGUGCCUCAGUUUUUGAUUCUAGUCACCGGUGGCAGAUCUACAGACGAUGUUACCACUCCAGCGGACCAACUUAAGAGAAGCCAUGUUGCACCUAUCGCCAUUGGUUCAAGGAAUUCCGACCCAGACGAGCUGAGGAAAGUUUCCCUGAAGCCUGAACUUGUAUACACAGUUGACAAUUUCCAGCAGCUUCCAGCCGUGGAGCAGCAACUUAUUGAUUCAGUGAAAACAAUAUCUGCUACUGAUAUCAUCGAAAGCUAUCGCCCGCCAGAUGUGCUCUUGGAUGUGUUAGACGUUGGGCGAAAGGACAUAAUUUUCCUCAUUGAUGGCUCAGACAACACAGGUGUCACGGGUAUCGCUCACAUCCGUGACUUUAUCCUGAACCUUGUCCGACAACUUGACGUGCAGCCUGACCAAGUGCGCAUAGGCCUUGUCCAGUACGCGGACCGAGUCAAACCAGAGUUCUCGCUCAACUCGCAUGAUGCCAAGCCAGACGUUAUCACGGCCGUUAGAAAACUUCGUCAAAUGGGAGGCCGCUCCUCCAACUUGGCUGAUGCUAUUGAAUAUGUCAUACAGAAUGAAUUAAAGCCCUCUGCUGGUGUUCGUCCAGUGGAGGCCUCCCAGCAUCUUGUGGUUCUCACAGGCGGACGUUCCCCGCAAGAUGUGUCUCUCUAUGGGCCUUUGUUAAAGGGAUCCAGGGUCAACUGUAUUGGCAUCGGAGCAAGUGGAGCAGACACAAGACAGCUCACCCAAAUUGCCAAGUCCCCGGAAGAUGUCCUUCAGGUUCCUACGUUCCCUGGCCUGCCGGCAAUCAGCGACAGGUUCGUUGCAAGACUGAGGGGGACCCUCCCUGUUGACCCCACACCAGAUGAGAUUCCCACACAAGGCCUGCCUGCACCCAAGAAGGCUGAUAUUGUGUUUUUGGUGGAUGGCUCCAUAAAUCUGGGCAGAGAUAAUUUUAAAAAAGUGAUGACAUUUGUUGCCGAACUAAUAGAUCUGUUCUACACUGACAGAGACAACCUAAGGAUUGGACUGGCACAUUAUGGCACUGACGUGUCGGAUGUGUUCUACCUCAACACCUACAAAAACAAACCAGACAUUAUUAGCGCCAUCGAGCGUGCAGAUUAUAAAGGGGGACGUAGAACCAACACAGGGGCGGCUAUUCAGCACAUUCAAAAUGUUCACUUCUCUAAGGAAAAGGGCAGUAGGAAAGAUGAAGGCACACCUCAGAUCCUCAUGGUCAUCACGGGAGGACCAUCUUCUGACGACAGCAAAUCAGCGAUGCUCGGCUUAAAGAAGACUGGUGUGAGAGUCUUUGCUGUUGGAGUGGGUGACACGGAGAAUGAGUUAGAAACCCUCGCCAGUGACUCCUCCACCGUGGCCAGAGCCCGAACCUUCCAGGAGCUCUCUGAGCUCAAUGAGCAAAUCCUGGGGACCUUAGAUGACGAAGUGAAGGGCAAGCUGUGUGUUGGUGUACAGGAAACUCCCAAAGCCUGCAACCUCGAGGUGUUAGUGGGGUUCGACGUUUCUUCCCAAAAUAUCUUCAGUGCCCAAACCAACCUCCUGGGAAGGAUGGCUGCCAUUCUGCAGAGGAUCGCCAAAAUGUCAACCAUCAGUUGUUCAUCGGGGCAAAUUCCCUCCAUUCAAAUCGGCAUGCUCGCCAUCGACUCCACUGGGCAGCCAGUCCAGGUGGACUUCUCCGACAAUGCCGACAAGCUUAUGGACGCCUUUAGAGCCCUUCGAGCGCGUGGCCCCUUCGUCCUCAGCAGCAAGACCAUCUCGGCUUACAACGACAGAUUCAGAACCAGACAAGAUAAUACUGUCAAGGUUGUUAUUCAUCUGACUGAUGGUAUUGAUUCACCUUAUCCUGAAAUGAAACGGCAAGUUGAAGAGCUCCGGCAGUCAGGAGUCAACAGUUUCAUCCUGGUCGGGCUGGAACGGGUGCUCAGGUUUGAGGAAGCUGCGUUGUUGGAAUUUGGCCGUGGCUUUAGGUACACCAGACCCCUACGACUCAACAUCCUAGACUUGGACUACGAGCUAAUGGAGGAACUGGACAAUAUUGCAGAGAGGGAGUGCUGUGGAGUGCCAUGCAAAUGUACAGGCACAAGGGGAGACCGAGGGUCCAUAGGAGCCUCAGGGUCUAAGGGUGGUCAAGGUGGCGCGGGAAGUCAAGGGCAUCCUGGAGACGAGGGUGGACCGGGAGAGCGAGGUCCUCCUGGUGUGAAUGGAACUCAGGGUUUCCAGGGAUGUCCCGGACAGAGAGGUUUAAAGGGUUCUCGGGGAUACUCUGGAGAAAAGGGUGAAUCUGGAGAAAUUGGCCUGGACGGUAUUAACGGUGAAGAGGGCAAAAGUGGAGUGGCUGGGCCCUCAGGAGACAGAGGACAUCCUGGCAGAAGAGGUCCUAAAGGCAUCAAAGGCCAAGCAGGAGACAGGGGAGAAAUGGGAAUCAGAGGAGACCCUGGUACAAGUGGAAGUGAUAACGCUCGAGCCGGACCCAAAGGAGACCCUGGUGAUGCUGGACCUGCGGGCGAGCCUGGCGAGGACGGAAACAAGGGAGCACUUGGAGAACCAGGACGAAGGGGAGCUGAUGGGAGACGAGGUGCACCGGGACAAGCUGGUAAUGCGGGACCACUUGGAGUUGAAGGUGUGAGGGGAGAACCUGGAAUCGGAGGAUCCAGGGGUCCAGCUGGACCAAAUGGUGCACCAGGACCCAGAGGAGAGGACGGAAAUCCUGGACCCAGGGGUCCUGGGGGACGCCCGGGUGCUUCGGGAGAAAAGGGAAGAAGAGGAGCAGUCGGUCGCAAGGGAGAGCCUGGAGAUCCAGGGAUUAAAGGUGUUGUCGGACCCCUCGGACUGCGUGGAGAAUCUGGGGAAGAUGGCAGAGAUGGCUUUGGCAUCUCAGGGCCCAAAGGACGAAGGGGUGACGAAGGCUUUCCAGGGUUCCCAGGGCCAAAGGGAGAAGCCGGCAACGCAGGAACCAAAGGUGGACCUGGUCCUCGAGGAAAUCGUGGACAGAGGGGCGUUUCUGGAAAUGCUGGUACACCAGGACAGAAAGGAGAGGUCGGAUAUGCGGGACCUUAUGGUCAGAAAGGACCGAGAGGACCGGGUGUUGUGCAAUGUGACCUCGUCAAGAAGAUCAGAGACAAUUGUCCGUGCUGUUACGGUAAGCUGGAGUGUCCUCUGUACCCGACCGAGCUGGCCUUCGCCCUGGACGCAUCCAACGACGUGGGCCGCCCGGCCUUCAACAACAUGCGGGACGCCGUCCUGCGCCUACUGCGCGACAUCACCGUCUCUGAGAGCAACUGCCCGAGGGGCGCCCGCGUGGCGCUCACCCUGUACAACAGCGAGGUGACCACCGAAGUGCGCUUCGCCGAUGCGCUGAAGAAGCGGGAGCUGCUGCGGCGCGUGGAGGGCCUGCAGACGCUGCAGACCAACAAGCGGCGCAGCCUGGAGGCGGCCAUGAGCUUCGUGGCUCAGAACACAUUCAAGAGGGUGCGCAGCGGCUUUCUCAUGAGGAAGGUGGCAGUCUUCUUCGUGGGCGGCUCGGUGGGGAACGCGCAAGCGGUGACCAACGCGGCGCUGCGCCUCCACGACGCCGGCAUCGCCACCUUGUUCUUGGUCAGGAGUGACGACAGAGCCCUCAGUAGAGCCUUGCAGGUGAACAACACAGCACUGGCCCAGGUCAUCGUCUUGCCAAGCCCGGGAAGCGCACAGUUCGAUUCGGUCAUGAGAAAAGUCAUGAACUGUCAUCUCUGUUUUGACAUCUGCGCUCCGGACCAAAUGUGCGACUACAUCCCGCCGUCGUCCGGUCGAGACAGACGGUCUUUCACCACCGACGUGGACAUCGACAUGGGUUUCGUGGUGGACAGCUCGGAAAGCACGUACCCCACCGUCUUCACCGAGAUCAAACGCUACAUCGCGCACAUGGUGGAGCACCUCCAGGUGUCCUCCAGCCCCGGGAGCUCCGCUCACCACGCCAGAGUAGCUGUCGUCCAACAAGCGCCCUAUCAGUUCCUCCACAACCAGACCGAGUCUCCCCUCCACGUGGACAUCGGCCUGACCGAGCACCAGUCGGCGCAGGGUAUCGUCAAGUUCUUGCUCGAAAAGACGCCCCAGCUGGAAGGCGGGCGCUCGUUGGCGGCCGCCAUGGAGUGGACGGUGGAGCACGUUUUUGAAAAGGCGCCCCUGCAGCGUCCCCGAAAGGUGUUGAUGCUCUUCGUAACGGGCGGCGUGGAGGAGGAUGAGGAGCAGCUGGUGCGCGUCGCCACUGAGGUCAAGUGCAGAGGCUACUUUUUGGUCAUCUUUGGCGUUGGCGAAAAGCUGAGCGCCGCCGACACCCGUGUCUUGGCCCGCAUGGCCAGCGAGCCCUCCGACGUCUUCUUCAAGAGACUGGACGCCAUCUCGCAGUUUUACGACAAGCACCUGCUCACCUUUGGACAGAUGCUGCCCAAGUACAUCAGCAUUGAGAAUGCUUUCUACAUGUCCCCCGAAGUGUCCAAACACUGCAAGUGGUUCCAGAGCGACCAGCCCCUAAAGAACCCUUUUACCACUUUAGUACAACAACACCAGAGUCAGAAGAAACAUCAUGAAAAGCAACAAGAAUCUCAUCCAGUAAAGCACAAAGUGACGGACACUGACGAGCUUCACGUGUCCAACGUGACCCGAAGUGGCUUCAGGCUGCGUUGGACCAACCCGGACCCCAAAAACUUCGUCUACUUCCAAGUGACGGUGACGCGACUGCACGACCACGCCUUGGCCAUCAAAACCAACGUGUCGGCUUCCGAGCUUUCCGUGGACAAGCUGGAAAGCGGGCAGACGUACCACGCCGUGGUGACGGGUCACGGCGCUGACGGCCACGUGCUCGCCACCCACAAAGGCAUCGUCACCACAAAGUCAGCCGUGCAGCGACCAAUCAUCAGCAGCCACGUCAUCACUGCUCCAGUAAACACACCACUGGACAAACCGGAGACGGUGCCGGAGCCUCAUUCUCUGGAGCAGCAAGUGGACAAGGCGGCGCUCCACCCAUCUCCAGCGGCCUCCACAGCCGUGGACAUUUGCCAGCUCCCCAAAGAGGAGGGCACGUGCGCCAAGUUUGUCCUCAAGUGGCACUACGACGCUCCCACUAAGAGCUGCGCACGCUUCUGGUACGGAGGCUGCGGCGGUAACCAGAAUCGGUUCAACACACAUGAAGAGUGUGCGAAGGCUUGUGGAAAACCAGCGUCCAUCAACCAAGGCGUCAUCGCUUCAUUACGAACAUAGGAGACGGAUCGCACCCAUGGCCAGCCUUUACCUGUGUUUUGAGGAGAACAAUCCACACUGGUCAUAUUGUACGAAUGGAGGCUGCACUGGAUUCCACACAAAUGGACUUGCCCCCGCCCCAAUAACUUGGGCUGGUCAUUUCAUUUCAUUUUUUUUUUUUUUUUUUUUUUUUUUUUUU